CUCUGCUCACUGACCCAUCAGAACGGUCGGCCCAUGACUUCAUGAGCUCAUGUUCCGCCCGACCCGCCUGGUAUUCUGUUACCAGAAACAAGGGCUUGUCGUCUCAACCUAGCCACCAAACAUGCAGGUGACAAACUUGAGGCCCGGGGGCCACAUCUGGUCUGCCACCAUUUUCUGAAGCUCAUCAGAGUUCGAUCGUUCACAGCUGAUGUCACGCGCUUGUGUAGGUCGUGACCCGCGAAGUUAGAUCCAACUUCAACAGACUCUUUUCAGCGAGCAGAGACGGAGCUGCAGAGGUCUGAACUGCAGCUCCACAAGGUUCACCUGACAUUUCACCGCAAACCUCUGAAGGGCAUCACGCUUUAAUAGAGGGAAACACACCGUCAGUGUAUCUCCCACGUGAGAGUGACGACCAAGAAAGUGGAGUGAGACCCUGACCCCCUUCACACACUUUCAGUCCGUCUCGGGGUGUAGUCUCCAGUCUCCAUUGGUCCUGGUCUCCUUACGUCCUGGUCUCCAUGGGACUAAGUCCACGUGUGGUGUCAGUCCUUUGUGUGGGAGGCUGUCGACAGACCAUCCGGGCCUCUCCUCUGGCUUCUCUGUCUGGCCUCCUCCAUACCCAGCUCCGCUCCUCAGAGGUUCCUCAUCUUUCAUAGUCCAUCACUUGGAGGAAAGAAAGUACCUACUUUACCCCACAAACUCCGGAUCAGAUCAGGCGCUUUGGACCGGUCCAGUGGUUAAAGGGUCCUCACAGCAGGUGGUUCCUCCCUUCCAUCACUCACUCUUCCACUCACACAAACGGAGGUGACCUCACCCAACAUCACAGCGUCUGUUGGACUCCGUCCUUCUUUAGACACAACAUUACACAGCAGUUUACUCUACAGCACAAGAUAAGUUGAUCCAAACUGAAUGUGAGACCUCAUCGAAUACAAACACACAAAGAUACGCACUCCAGUUGUGGAGUGAGAUGAUGGACGUGAAGGACUCAGAUGAUGCAUGAUGCAGACGGAGGUUCAUCUAAAGAAAAAUGCUUGGCAGUGAGAGAGCGAGAGCCCCCACACUCGAGAGAAAAACCCACGAGGAUGAGGAGCGUGCCGGCGGCCAUGUUUGUUGGCGUCCGCCCCGUAUAGUGUUCUGCUUCCCUCCGUUCUACAUUUAGGAUUCAGGAUCCUUCACGGCCGUAUCGCGACCACUGACGGCAACAUUUGUGGGCAAAUGUGAGCGUUUGGUGUCACACUUCAUCUCAACGAGGACAUGCCACAUUGCCAUCUCCAGGAGGCACUGGCUGUUGGUCCUAUGUUUUUUUUAGUGCUGUAAACUGUUCUUCAGCUCAACACUCUUUACUUCAAGGUCUUUUUUGGUGAGCACAAGACAGUUCACUCGGUGGAGUGAGGCCAGUCUUGGUCAGGGUGUGGCACCGAAGAGACGCCAACACUCCUAGAGCAGCGUCUGAGCAGGAGGCAGGACUCUCCGCUGACACGGCAGUCUUCAUUCAUGGAGGCUAAUGUUAGCGUGAAGCCUCUCAGGUUCCACUCAAAGCCCUCACGACUCACCACACUCCUCUGGGAUUCUGCUCUCCCACCUGGACGUCCUCAUCUUCGUGGCCUUCAUGCUUUACAUCCACUUUUGAGCUCCUGCGCUGCUCCAGCUCUGGGGUGAUCCCAUUCAUUCUUACUGAUAGUUCGGCUUUCACACUUUAGUUUGUAAGGAGAAAUCUAGAUGUUUUCCCGAACAUCAUGAAUAAUGGUGACUCAAACCAUCGUGAUCAUCAUCUCACUGUGCAGCUGUAAUGGCACCCAGGACCAUUCACUGUUUAACCCCAAACUCCACCUGACAGUCCUCACUGCAGACCUGGCUCACUGGCUGCAGGGGGCGCUGCUGACUUGAAUGAAGCUGAAAGUCGCAUGACUCAGCAGCAGCAGCAGCUGAGGGCUCUUCCCUCCCGACAGUUCUUUUCACCUCCCACAGGAGGGACCCGGAGAACUGACCAGACCAUGGAGGACGCUCCAGGUUUCACGCGGUUGCUCCCUGACACGGUUUCUCCUUCCAACCAACGUGAAGCCAUCACGCCGUCCUACACUGAAAGACUCGUCCUGGUUGAGUCCACUCAUCCUUCCAUGUGGUUCCACCCUGUUUCAGACCGAAGUCGACCCUUGACCGUCGCUCGCAUCCAUCCUCGCCAUGGGGAAGGAGAAACUCCACAUCAACAUCGUGGUGAUCGGACACGUGGACUCGGGGAAGUCCACCACCACCGGUCACCUCAUCUACAAGUGUGGGGGGAUCGACAAGAGGACCAUCGAGAAGUUCGAGAAGGAAGCAGCUGAGAUGGGCAAGGGCUCCUUCAAGUACGCCUGGGUGCUGGACAAGCUGAAGGCAGAGCGGGAGCGCGGCAUCACCAUCGACAUCUCGCUGUGGAAGUUUGAGACCAGCAAGUACUACGUGACCAUCAUCGACGCGCCGGGCCAUCGGGACUUCAUCAAGAACAUGAUCACGGGGACCUCCCAGGCCGACUGCGCGGUGCUGAUCGUGGCGGCGGGAGUGGGCGAGUUCGAGGCCGGGAUCUCCAAGAACGGUCAGACUCGUGAGCACGCCCUGCUGGCCUACACGCUGGGCGUGAAGCAGCUGAUCGUGGGCAUCAACAAGAUGGACUCCACCGAGCCCAACUACAGCCAGAAGCGCUACGAGGAGAUCGUGAAGGAAGUCAGCACCUACAUCAAGAAGAUCGGCUACAACCCCGACACCGUGCCCUUCGUGCCCAUCUCAGGCUGGAACGGCGACAACAUGCUGGAGCCCAGUCCCAACAUGUGCUGGUUCAAGGGUUGGAAGAUCACCAGGAAGGACGGCAACGCCGCAGGAACCACCCUGCUGGAGGCUCUGGACGCCAUCCAGCCGCCCACUCGCCCCACAGACAAGCCCCUCCGCCUCCCCCUGCAGGACGUCUACAAGAUCGGAGGAAUCGGGACGGUGCCGGUGGGCCGCGUGGAGACCGGCAUCCUGAGGCCCGGCAUGGUGGUGACCUUCGCGCCCGUCAAUGUGACCACCGAGGUCAAGUCCGUGGAGAUGCACCACGAGGCCCUGCAGGAGGCCUUCCCCGGGGACAACGUGGGCUUCAAUGUCAAGAACGUUUCGGUCAAAGAUAUCCGCCGUGGAAACGUGGCAGGAGACAGCAAGAACGACCCGCCGCAGGAAGCCGCCGCCUUCACCGCGCAGGUGAUCAUCCUCAACCACCCGGGCCAGAUCAGCGCCGGCUAUGCCCCGGUUCUGGACUGUCACACCGCGCACAUCGCCUGCAAGUUCGCCGAGCUCAAGGAGAAGAUCGACCGCCGCUCUGGCAAGAAGCUCGAGGACAACCCCAAAGCUCUCAAGUCUGGAGACGCCGCCAUCGUGGACAUGAUCCCGGGCAAGCCCAUGUGCGUCGAGAGUUUCUCCGAGUACCCGCCGCUCGGUCGCUUCGCGGUGCGCGACAUGCGGCAGACGGUGGCGGUGGGCGUGAUCAAGGGCGUGGAGAAGAAGGUGUCCAGCAGCGGGAAAGUCACCAAGUCGGCUCAGAAGGCCCAGAGGAACAAAUGAAUGUUGUGCUCCUCUGCCGACCCCAGGGUCUCCCAGGGCAGGACCUCAGUCAUCCCACUCCAUCCCACCGUCGGCUGCUUCAACUUGAUCAUCAAAGACUGGUUAAUCAUCAGGAUGCAUCGCAAGAGCAUCCGAAGGAAAGACACUCCCCGGUCCCCCCCCAGCAGCUGAUCCUCCAGCGUCUGCGCUCCUUAGUAUCGUGGUGGCCACAGUAGAGCUCAGUGAUCCGUCUCGUCCUGCUUCUCGUGUUCGUGUCUGCCGUGUUGGACGCUGGUGACGUCUCUUCUCCAGGUAGUUCACCGUAGCGCUUCCUCCGCUUUAACCAGUCCUUUCAAGUGACCAACUGUCUUUCCAAAUCAAACCUCCCGCGCGGGAUUCUUCAAGCACUUUGAUUGGCUGAAUGCUAACUUUGCACACAUUCGCUGCAGCACCUUAUUGUAUCAAGGCACUUGCCCGCGGGCCACAAUAAACACGUGUCAGUCCACGC